AUGAAAGACUUGACUCCAGAGUUCGAGGCUGAGCUCCGCGAUAAGAUAUAUAAGCUAUUUACCUUUGCUAAAAAUGAGAUGUCCCCUGAGGAUUAUAAAAACUUCAAAGAAGUCUGCCUUAAUGCUUUAACAGUCACAUCUGACAUUGGUUAAAGCUUGCUCCUCAUUGAUGAGGUUGUCAGACCUUAUGUUAAUAUCAAGCGGGAUUUAAAUGACCUAUUACCCUAAAGAUUCAAAUAUGAUCAGACAACUGCAAAGAAUGAGGUCUACUUCUAAUUCAUCUCAACUUUGAAAAGGCAUGAGCAUAAGGAAAUAUCUAUGGACGAAAUGAAUAGAAUCAUCGAAGAGCUUCUCAUGCCUUUCCCACCUCUGCAGUAGAAAUUUCAAAGAUUCCUCCAAAUGGACAGAGUACUCUUAAUUCCUUAUUAAUCUAAAUUUUAGGACUCAAAGGACUACUUAGAUGCUAAUAAUUAGUUUCAGAAUGGUGAAAGACAGGAUUAGAGCCAAAAUAUUCAAAAAGGAAAGAAAAUUACUAAGAAACUUGAAGGUGAAAAAGUUGCCCCAAUAUAAACUAAACCAAACCAAAGAGGUGGAGUUUUUAAGCCCUAGGCAAUAUAAAAGGGGGCAAUGAGCUAAGUUGGGGAUGACUAAUCAGACUAUAGUGUUGUUACCUAGACUAAGACUACAAUCAUUUAAGAGUCCAAGUUUGGCAACAAUCAGAGAGGUCAAGUAACACCUGUUUUGGGUAUCUUCCAAAACUAAUUAAAGCAUCUACCAAAGACUGAGUACUCAUUUUUCGAAAAUUUAAGAAAAUCAAUUAAGGAUGAGUCAUUUUUCGACGAUAUUAUGAAGUGCUUUUUUUGCUAUAUUGAGGGUAUUUUUAACCAAUCGGAACUCUUCGAUCUGAUAUCGCCUUUAUUUGAUAAGUCAAAUGAGGAUUUGUUGCAUCUUUUCAGGACAAUAGUAGCAUCGAGAGAUAAUACUAGGAGACAUCACAAUUUGCUUUGCAAACCUUUUUCAGAAUUUGAUACUAGCCACUUCAAAAAACUAUCAUACUCUUACUUCGAAAUGCCUCCUGAAUUCCCUAAACCCCUAUGUCAGGGUAGGUCUAAACCGGACAUUAGGGCCCUUUGCAAGGAAGUAUUCAACGAAGAAUUUUCAAGUCUACCUUAAGGGUCUGAAUCCUUCAAAUUCAAGACUAAGAAUUAAUAUGAGGAUGCUCUAUUCAAAGUAGAAGAUGACAUCUAUAAAAUUGAUUUUGAUAUUGGCAAUAUCUAUAAGACUAUGAAAGUCUUGGAAGAAGAAAAAGCUAAAAUAAGCGCUUUAAAUGAUGCAGAGUAAGCUGAAUUCAAACUUGACCCAAGAAAGUUUAACAAAUUAAGACUAAAGUAAAUUGAGAAAAUAUAUGGAGAUCUUGGAUAAGAAAUUCUAAGAUUACUCCCGAUUAGUCCUGCAAAAGCCAUUCCAAUCAUAUAUGAUAGGUUCAAAAACUCUUAUGAGAAGAAUGUGCAAGAGAAGCAGGAGUAUAUAAAAAACUGGAGAGAUUAAUGCGAAAAAAACUUCAUGAAAUCCCUUGAUCAUAGAUCUUUCCACUUCAAAUCCUUUGAGAAGAAAAACUAGUCCUCUAAAAAUUAUAUACUAGAACUUAAAAAUCUAGGCUAAUAGAGUUUUAAGAGCAAAAAUCUUAAUCAAAUGCUUGUCCAUAGCAAGGAAUUGACUGAAAAUGAAAAUCUUUGCACGGAUCAUCCUAUAAAUAUGGAUUGCUCAAAAGAAGUCCUUCAGGCUAACUCAGAUAAAUUACCUCAUAUGAGGUUUCUAUUUAACAAUAAAGAAAUCCUUGAUUUAACUUUGCAAAUGAUUCUCGUCGGUAUUAGAUUGGCAAACAAUGGAGGAGCUGAAAAAGAAAAAAUGCGAUAAUCUCUCAGGGCAAUACUUGAAGAGUUUAUGGAAGUUCAAAACUUUGAAGAUAUUUUAAGGGAGAGUAAAGAAAUAAUCUACCUCGAGGAAUCAUAAGUUGAUUAUAUAUGCUAAAGAGACUAUUACGAAGGAAAAGUAAAGGAGGAUUUCUAAUACGAAAGGAUUUAAACCAAAGCAUAAGAUGAAAUGAUGGAUGAAGAGAAGAAGGAUAGUGAUGUUAAGUAGGGGGAUUAGAAUGGCAGUGAUUAAGGAAAUCAGUUAUCCCCAGAGACAGCUAAGCAAAUAAACAAAGGCAACUCAAUAAACCAGAGCUUAAAGCCCUUAAAUUUGCAAAGUUAUAGCAAAGAUGAAGUGAAUCUUGUAUAAAACUCACCCUUCUAUCCCUAUCACAAGCCAGAAUAUAGGCUUUUAUAUGGAAGCUAAAAUUUCUAUGUGAUCUUGAGAUAGAUUUACACAAUAUAUGAGAGAUUAAUGAAAGCUCAUUAGCUUGUGGCUGAUAAAGUUUAAGAUGACAUGAAUUCUAGAAAUGAUGACAACCUUAAAAAGAGAAUAGAUGAAUUCAGGAAGGAGAGAUUUGAAGUUUUCCUAGGAGGAAUCCUUGUUGCGAUGCAAUCAGGAGCAGACUUCAAUAAAUAUGAGGAUUUCGCUAGGGCUUUGCUAGGAAGUAAGGCAUAUUUGCUAUUUUCGUUCGACAAGUUGAUUGUCUCAACUGUUAAACAACUCCUUAACAUAUCUAAUGAUGAUUCCUGCUAAAAAAGUCUGAAGCUUUACCUUAAGUUCAAGUAAAAUGCAGACAUAUGCUUGAAGCAGAAAACAGAUCAAUCUGAGCUUUGGUAUAAUGAGCCGACAUAUCUUUCAAACUUCUCUACUUGCAUGCAGUAAUUUUCAUCUUUCACUAACAUAAAUAGAGAGAUUAAUAACUUUAAUGGGUACGGAAUUCAGCCUCAAACUUACAAACUAUACUUUGAGUCAGAGACUUAAGAUGUGCUAAUCUACAAAAGAAAAACAAAGCUUAAGCUCGAGGAGGAAUUCCUAUUAGAUUUCAAGGUAAGAGUAAAGACUGAGGAAAUCAAGAGGAGACAUCUAGAAUCUUAAUGCACAGAUAGAUCCUCUGACAGGCAACAACAAAUGAUGGAAUCAGACUGA